AGAAUUGUUUUGCUCGAACUUACUGUAGCGCAACGUUCAGCAGUUGCUGUUUUGCGCUAUUUGCGCAGGCAUUGGCAGGAUGGCUCCUGUGAUUGAGGGGAGGAGCCCCAGGAGGAGCGAUGGCUUGCACAUUUUUGUGAAGCCCAGAGGGCUUAGCUCCACUUUAGCAGGUCAGGUCGGUGGCGGUCAGUACGUCACGGUGGGCGGUGGAGGCGGUGGAGGCGGUGGAGCUGGAGCUGGUGGUGUUGCUGGUGGUGGACUAGGCAGUUACCUUUUCGGACUCUUCUACCAGAGGUACCAGGAAGGCAGCACCGAAGCCAUUACCUAUGCUGGUCCUGGUCAAGGUCACAUUGAGAGCCGCCUGGUUGAAGUGAACCCAGGCCAAGGCAGCUAUGCCAAGUAUGAGCAGCCAACUUAUGCCUACAGGCCUCGCUGGGGGUUGAUCAGUAUGUGCACAUUCUUCGUUAUCUUGCUGAUCUUCGCGCCCUUCUUGUUCAUUUGCGAGGUGCGCACAUUCUUUUUCUUCUGGUCCACGGAGCAGUGCGGGGGUGCUCAAGAUCCCUGCGCAGAACAAUGCAGUACCCUCAUGGCUGCCCAAGCAAGCAAAGAUUUUUGCUGCGCUUCCUGCCCUCUCCAGCUGGGCAUGACGGGGCUCCAAUGUGCUCCACCACAAGUCCAUGACGUGGUGAGGCGACACUACAACACCGUCUACAGGCAGAUUCCUGAGAACCACUAUGUCCAUGUCAAGAUGCCAGAGCAGCCGCCCAUUGUCCACACUGUGCAGGUCCAGACACCAGCAAAGAGCUAUGACUGCGGAUCUGGGAGCUCUUCACCUGAUCCGACUUGGUCGGCCCAACACACACGCUGGUGCUGUUACAAGUACAAGAUGUAUUGCCCUCAUACUGUGGUCGACAAGAACAUCUACCACACUGUCACCAAGGUCCAGCAAGUGAAGGUCCCAGUGCCCGAGCCCAUGCCAACGCACGCGCCAAUCAUCCACACGAUCCACCACAGCUACCAUGUGCCGAGCCCUCCACAGUACGUGCACGUCACUGUGCCUGGCCCCACCAUCACGAAACCGGUCGUGGUGCAGGACAAGGUCCCCUACCCUGUCAGGGAGCCUCCGCAGGUGAUCAAUGUGAAGAAGCCAUACCCCGUUCACAUUAAGGGCCCCGAUCACUACGUGAAAGUGCCAGUGCCAUCGCCACCUCACGUGGUGACUCACUACCACACUCAGUGGAACACUGUGGUUGAUCCACAGUAUGACUGUGAGAAUGGUGCUGACAAUUGGCACAGCCUUUGGUCUCAUUCCAAGCAGACAUGGUGCUGCUCCCACAACAACGUCGGCUGCCCUGGACACUGGGUGAAGACAGUUCACGUGAUCCACACUUAUGAUUGUCAAGCGGGCUUCUCCAACUGGUACCAUGGCUGGUCAGACCCGAAGAAAUCCUGGUGCUGCGCCAACAAGCACAUGGGCUGCCCUGGCACCUGGCAUGGACACUGGCACGCUCAUGCCGUGGUCCACGUGCAUCAUGUCAGUGGAGUGGGCAAGGGCGGCUACGAUUGCAACGCUGGUGCCUCCAAUUGGAUUCAGGGAUGGUCGACAAAGAAGAAGGACUGGUGCUGCAGCAAUGGCCACAGCCAGUACUGCGUCAAGUUCCAUUGCCAUGGAGAUCAAGCAAAUGUCAACAUGUGGUCCUCAGACCAGCGUGACUUCUGCUGCAAGAAUUUCCAGCUAGGCUGCCCACAUACCACCUUGUCCCCGCUCGGCUGCGAUGCCCAGUGCUCUUUGAAUGGAGAGACCUCAACCUGCAAGGAGCGUAUCGACUGGACUCAGAAAAACGUCUUUGGCUCCAAGAGCAACGCAUGCAAUCUGGCGUACAGCAAGAUUCAGGUUGAGUGUGAUGUGUGCCGCGCAUGCACCAUCCAGGCUGCCGGCUGCGGCGAGCAAGGACCUGGCAAAGCUGCCUUCGACUGCUAUGCUGCUUUGGGCAAUUGGUGCCGCGCGUGGUCUCCCGCCAAGAAGGUCUGGUGCUGUAAGGAGAAGGGCAAAGGCUGCCAGUCUCCGGAUACACCACCCAACUGUGAUGCUGGUGCUGGUAAGGUAUGGAAGAAAGUCAUGAUCAGUGGCCACUGGACGUGGGAGGCCCACAUGGCACAUGGUGCCGUUUCUGUGCAGAAGCCCUAUGACUGCCACGCAGGCCUUCCUGGAUGGGAGCACGGCUGGUCUGGACCAAAGAAGACCUGGUGCUGCAGCCACGAGCAGCUUGGUUGCCCUGGCUACGUGUAUCAUGGUGCCGGAGCUGGUGGGCACACUCACGUUGUUGUCACCCAUCACUAUGUCUCUGGCGGAGCUGCUGGUGGAGCUGCUGGCGGUGCUGCCGGUGGUGCUGCAGCAGGUGGCCACAGCUGGUCCAGUGGUGGCAGCUAUUCUUCUGGCGGCCACUAUCAUGUUCAUCACGUCGUCCAUCACGUCCACUAGGUGGUUAUGUUUGCCCCAUGAGAUUUGCGCUUGCGCGCAAGCCUUUGCCUGAGAGAUGGAGUGUUUGUCCCGUCGGCACCAGUCCCAUCAGAGUCGCAGAGUGGGUCGGCUGGUCCUCCACUCCGGGGGGUCGGCUGGUCCUUUUGUUGAGGUAAAGUUGGUCGAGGCCAUACAGGGUGGCUCACAGUUCUUCAAGAAUCAUAGUAUUGUCAAGUG